AUGUGUGGCGAUCCGCCUUCAUUAGUUCCUCUUGAGGCUCUUAUUUCCUCAACGGUUCGUGUGAGCAGUCGGUUGAGCAGGGAUGAGGCUUCCGAAGAGUCCGUGUCGUGCCGUGCGUCUGUGUGGAGUGGAGAGGAGAAGGCGCUUUGUAUGGACGCUGCCCGCCUGUGGGCUGAGGGUGUUCCACCAUCGAGUGUACGUGAGUGUGGUCUUCCUUUUCCGCUAAAUGGCGGUGAUGUGAGUGACUCAUCAGGCCAAGGGGCGAAGGAAGAGUUCCCAUCUCUUGAUGGUGCCUUCGUGGAGAAAGUGGUCCGCGGGACCCUCUGGAAGGCAUGCAGCGGUGGCAACAAUUAUAACGAAAACAAUACACGGAUGAGCAGGGAGAUGACUGACAUGGACCGACUUCGAGUUGCGGUUCGUGGAUUAUGCCGACACUUGCGGCAGCGCCACGACGGAGAUGAGAGGCGGAAUGAGUCUAACGUGGAGCCAAACGCCUUGCGAGGUGUCCGUCAACAAACAGAGGAGGAGGAAGAGGAAGAAGAAGCAAGGCGUAUCAUAGCAGUUGUAGCAGGGGCCACCGGAAUACGGUCGAUGCACGCAGGAGUUCGUAGCAGCCGAGAGCCGUUUUUAGUAGGGCUCGUGUGCCGUGAGACGCACGGAGAGGCGGCAUCUGGUGGUGCCACUGUGCGCACUGUUGUUGCAUCAGAACUGAUUCAGUCCUUUAAUGGUCACGAGUGCUUUGCCGGAAAUGAUGUGGGUGAAGAGGAGAAGGGGUGGUCCACGUGGAGUGUGAUGUUGUUGGAGGCGGGAAUUCCUGGAGAGGAGAGCUUCCCUGGUACGAGCAAGUCGCCGAUGUGGCGAACACUUCUGUCGGUGGUAGACUUUGUGUAUGCUGUGGGGCGCCCAGUGUUUGUUAGCCGCAUGGCCUCUCAUAUAAAAAAAGUGUACUGCACCCCUACACUGCCAGUAGCAUUACCAUCAUCAUCACCAACAAAAGUGGGAAUUGGCACGGUACCAGAAGUGAAGCACCUUCGCCUUGGUUGUGCCGCUCGUCCAGCUGUGUGUCCGUCCUUUUAUUACACUGUCGUGGGAGAAGGACCAGUAACCGUGGAGAAAUACACCGGGAAGGCAGAUCAUGUUCGAAGUCUACCGAAUCUGUUGUGUGAGCUCAUGCAGCAGCAACCUCGGCGGACAGAGGAAGAGGGCUUGUGGGGAUCAUCAUCAUGCUCUCGUGAUGCACUACAGUGGUUGCUUCUGUUGGGCCACGUGUGGUGUUCCUCAAGAGGCGACUCUGACGCAGCGCUGCCAUCGGCGAUACGGCAUGGAGUCCGCCCUGCCGUAGACUUGUUUCUGGCUGUCGCGGAAGGGCUGCUUCUGGCGAUGCGUGCCAUGGAGCCACUGCCUCCCUUGUUAUUGCGUGGUAGUAGCAUCAGUACUGUGAAGGCCAUUCCACGCCUCUUCACGGUGGAGGAUGCAUUGCGCACAGCACAUCGAGUGGCAUUGUUCGCGUACAGAGAAAGCGUGGCACCGUAUGUGUUCAACGGGCCUUUCACACCCCGUCAUUUCUCUCUACAGGACAUUUACUGUGGCUGUCACUAUCAACUCGCUCUGUGGGAGUUGAAUGAGACAUGCCAGCUGGUAUCAGAGGCAUUGAAAGAGCGCCUCAAACAUUUCGCAAAUAACUGCGCCACACAGGUAUUAAGGGAAUUUGUAGUACCAGCAACAGGAGCUGUGGGGGCAAAUGGAGUUGAUAAGAAUCCAGAAGGUAACACCUUUCUACGUACCAUACUGGACUGUACGGAUAAGUUGAAGCAGUUUUGCAGCGCAUCCCUCAUUCCCCACUACGGUAUGGCUGGUAAUGCUGACAACAACACAGCCGCAGCAGAAGGGCGAUCGGAUCGUCAUCAUUACCAGCUCCAGCGCUGUCAAAUGAUGGAGAGCCCCAUCGUGUCGCCGUGGGCCCCUGCUGCAAAAGCUUUUGCUAUCUCGGAGUAUUUGCAGCAAUCCGUUUUUCCCGCGCUGCAGCGGCUUGCGCAGGAACAUGUAUUGGCUGCGCGUGCAAGCCUGGCGAAGGAGUCGGAGACCCGUGAGGCGGUGUUCGCCAUGGAGGAUCACUGUGCGCAGCUGCAGCAGCGGUGGAGUCAAGCAGAGGCGCAGCUGGAGCACCAACGUGCCACCGUGCGCGAGGCCAAGCGGCGCAGCGAUGUCCUCAACACACAUCUGCAGGAGGCGUGCAAAUGCCUGCAGAAGCUAGUGAUGACAUGCGUGGGCUACGAGGAGGUGUACAACAGCUAUACGCGGAAGUUGGGCUUCCGCGUGAAGCACAGCUGUGCAGCGACCGAUAUCGCCCCAACACACAAUUCGACGGGGGAAUGCCCACACGAGAGUGAGAAGAAGGGGGACACGGACGCCCUCGUGACGACGCCGCCAAAAGUGAGCGUCAGUGGUCUAUCGGCGAAGAAAAACAGAGGAGUUUCAGGGCCGCUGGACGACGUUGAUGAUGUGCUCCCGCAACAAUUUCCCCUAACAUCAUCAUCAUCCACGUUGUCACCAUCGUCGAGUGGGCAAAUGCAGCUGAUGAGCAUGAUGUUACGUGACGCACAGCAACAGCUGGAGGCGUGCCACAAUGUUCUCCUCUGUCUCUACGAAGAUGCCCACGAGGCUCUGCGAAAACUGAGCACAACCACUGUCGAGUGCACCAGUGCUAGCCUAAACGACUCCCGUCAAUCGAUGUUGUCGGUUUCGCUGCGAGCGGCGAGAAGUGUGUCGUCCAACACGCGCGGGGGCCACUCAGCGAAUGUUUCUAUCAACGAUGUGUUGCCUGGGGAGGCGUCUACGAUGACGGCAACCGAAAGAGUAGCAGAAGUAGUUGUGAAUGGGUGCGCGACAGGGCCGGACAUGGUGCACCACCAGAAUACGACGAGACGCACCCUUUACCAUGAAGCUAACGGCGUUGAUGGGGAACGGGAAUUCACGGCUGUUGGCGCCUCGUCGAGUUCGUCGCCGCAGGAGCUCAGCGGUCUCACUCGUGCACCGCACGACACCACCACGCCGCUUAGGAGACAGCGGCACCAGCAACAACAGCAGCAGCUGUGCCUGGAGACGAGUCAGCAAAAACAGCGGCAACUCUCUUCGUGGUGCGCCACAACAGCCUCACCAAUGCCAACGCCAGACCGCAACGGCACCGCAGCGGUGGAAGCCAUUGCGGAUCUUCAGCGACAGCGGCAAGAUGCACUGGAGGCUCUCGCCCAGCUGCAGGGACGAUGCAACGCCCUAGAGGCACAAAUGAAAGAUCAGAGGGCCGCAUUACGUGACACGCAGCGCACCUAUGCGGCGGAUGAGCAAAAGUGGCGUGCUGAACGGCAAGCGCUGCAGGAACGCCUUGACGCAGCUAAGCAUGACGUGCAGAUGGCACACGAGCAGAGUGUGCAGAGCCAGGAGGAGGCGGAGCGUUGGGCUCUGUCGUUGGCGGGAAUUAUGGCCACUGCUGAGGCCGAGGCACAGAGGGUGGUAAGUGAGUCCGCCUCUGAGCAUAGUGUGAAUGGUGAUUGUGACGGUGUUGGUGGGAGCAGCAACGUCAUUGAAUACGAUGCGCAGCGCUUCCGCGUGGAGGACCCACACGAGGCUCUCCGCGUUGGACGCAUGCAGCUUGCCUCUCUUGUGGCGCGCGUUGCGGCGGCGGCACAUGGACGAGGGGCAAACGUGGCGGAAACACACGCGGCGCGACAGGAGGCAGAGGUGCGGCAGCUUCUGCAGCAGGAAAUAGCCGCCCUUCACGAAAAAAGUGCUGUACUGCGGCGGGAACUAGACUGCACGAGGGAGCAGAUGCGUGAGGCGGAGACGACACAGCAGCAGGCCCGCAUCGUGGCCACCGCGCAGUCAGCAGAAGAGGCGGCGCAGCUGUCCGCGAAAGUGAAUCGUGUGGAGGAAGCCCUUGUAGCCGCGAGAGGACAGGUACAAACUCUGCAGCUGAAAUGCGACCGACUCGUCCUGCAGCAGAAGGAAGCGCUGCGUCGCCUCCACUGCGUUGAGGCGGUGCAUUUGGCGUCCUUUAGCGUGUGGAACGAUGCAAUGAUGGCUCGUUGCGAACUUCUCCAACAGGAGUGGUCGGUGGUGGCCGUUAGCUUCUGCACUGAACUUUGCCGUUUGCGUUCCGAGCUGCAGCAGUCGCAGGAGGAGGCGCGGCGUUGGGAGGAGACCGUCCACCAGCAGGCCCACGCCACGCAGAAGACAGUGGAGGAGGUGGCAGGUAUGGCGAGGCGUAUCGAGCAGUACCGCGAGGCGCAAUCGUCGGCAGAUCUGCACACGGCACAACUUCUUCACCGACUGUCGCAGUUGUCGGCCGCGUAUGUGAACUCCUUUGACGCGUGGGAGUGCGCCAUGGACCAACGGUGUAAGUUGCUGCUCCAGCAGUGGAGCGUUGGGCCGCAGCAGCACUGUAACAAUGAUCCGGCGUUGCCUCUGGACGAAGCGUCGAUGCGGCCGGGCCUGGUGGAGGUGUAUGACCCGUGUGGAUUGCGCCAUGAAUUGCACCAGAAGCGGCGACGCGUCGCGGAACUGGAGGAAGCGUUGCGACAGAAGAAGGUAGCAUGUGCUACGCUGACAGAGACGGUAGCGCAGCUCCACGCACUUCUGCAUCUGCAGCGGGAACUCGGUAUGCCGAUACCGCCUCCGCCACCGCUCAUUUCGCGGGAAUUUGGCGUGUUGUCUGCAGCACCAAAAGGGGCAGGUGAUGUCGCCGCACUGACGAGUGCCUUUUACACCUCACCUAAUCGGCUGGAGGGGAAGGCCACUGGGAAAAAUCACCAGCAGGCGGAGCCCACUGUGAUUUCUGCGCCUAGUGAGGGAGGAUAUCAUGCAGUGACACCGAAUUCGGACAACAGUAUUGUUCGUAAUGGGGAUCACUCGCAGAUGCUUGCGACGGUGGACGACAACAGUGGGGAAGGCAAAAGGAAUCCCACAGAGCCACGCUCGUUGGGUUGGUAUCUGCAGUCGUUGUCGGCCAUUGAAAGUGCGCUGACACCUUGA